GCUACAGAAGCUCCGCUUCUCUCCUCCCCUAACCCAAAUCAACCCCAAAUCGCUUAUUUUCUUCAUCAAAAGUGUGGAUCUGAGCCUCCCCAUCUUCCUUGAGGAUGGCGGGGGAACGGUGGUACGACGGUCUUCAUAAAGGGUACGACAAAGACCAUCGUGCGCGGGACAUUGAGAAUAACGGGGAACUAACACCUAUGCGCAUGAGGGGUCAUAGUGCCCACGACUGGCCGUGCGACGAGCGGUAUGAGCCAUACUUCGAGAGAUUGGGCCUUCUCCCGUUCGUGCUUCAGUUCAAGCGACACGCUCCGUCGAUCAACCAUGGGGCGAUGACCGCACUUAUUGACCGUUGGAGGCCAGAGACACACUCGUUCCACUUGUCAUGUGGAGAGAUGACCGUGACCUUGGAGGACAUGGCGAUGAUCAGUGGCCUUCCAAUCAAUGGAGAAGCUUUGACCGGCACCACCGUAAGUGCUAAUUGGCGAGAUCGUGUUGGCCAAUUGACAGGUGUUUUCCCCGAGCCUCCUGAAGAAGGCGAGCGUGACAGUGAGAAAGUGUUGCAUCAUUGGCUCCGAGGGGAGAGAGGAGUAGUAUGCCCUCCGGACGCCAAUGAGGUUGUUGUGCAGCAGCACGCCCGAGCUUAUCUGUGGUAUCUGUUAACGAGGGUAGUGUUUCCAGAUUCUACCGGUAAUAAAGCCCAGUGGAUAUUCUUGGACCUACUAAGUGACUGGGACCGUAAGUACAGUUGGGGUUCAGGAGCACUAGCAUACUUAUAUCGUCAGCUCGACGAGGCAUGUCGUAGGAAGAAGGGCACAUCUGGUAUGGGUGGCUUUGUUUGGUGCCUUCAGGUUUGGAUGUGGGAGCGGAUGCCCGUUGGACGCCCCGAGAAAAACAAGACACCUCCUGAAGGGUGGGUCACACAUGAAGGGAGGUAUGGAGAAGAUCCUUGGCGGUUUCCGACCGUCACCUACUGUUGGGAGAUGGCGAAUGUGUACACAGGCAGCUCGGUUGCGCGAUACAAAUGCUACAUCAACGAGCUGGAUAUGUUGACUCAUAAGCAGCUAAUGAUAACUUACGUAAGAGUCGAUUGGGAACCAUAUGAUGCCGAUUAUGCUUUCUGGCUGAAUGAGAUGUGCACAUGUGACAUGAAUAUUUGGCGGGCGAGAUGCCCACUGAUAUGCUUCUAUGCUGUCGAGUGGCACUACCCAGACCGUGUCGCAAGACAAUUUGGGAGAAGGCAAGGGACACCAAGGGAUGAGAGUUUCGAGACAAGCCAAUUUCUGCAUCGAAUUAGUCGAAAGAAUAACCCGGAAACUUCGACUUGGGCCAUCAAGCACUCCGAGUGGAUAAGUCUGUGGAAUCAAAGAGUGGCCCUAGUGGAGAAGGAAAGAAGACAACAUAGUGAUUCAGUAUACAAAGAGCAUCUGAAGUGGCUUGCGAGACGUUACCGAUUGAAGCUAAAGCCCGGUUGGAACCGUUUGGAAUUGGAAGAGUUGGAUCGUGAGAGCGGGUAUAUGGACUUCAAUGUACAAACGAGAGACAACGAAGGGACACAACUUGACUAUGCACAACUACACGACCGAGUGGGCAUGGAGUUAUUGCAUUGUGUUAACGAGGCUGGUGUAGCACUUGGUGAAGAUGAGGGAAGUGGAUCACCGGAACCCCCUCUGCCACCACCUGCUUGA